GGCCACAAUCAAAUGUACAGAGAAGUGAAGAAAACUGAGAACACUUCAACUACAUGCAUUAAUGUUGUCCUCCGUACUUGACAGUAUAAAAGCUACUGCAACCCAUUGCUAAUAUUAACAAUUAGCAAACCUCCUUUUCCUUGUACGUACUGGUAUUUGUUUCCUUUUAUUCUAAAAUAGAAGAUGGGGAGGUUUUCUAAGUACUGUGGUGUGUUUGGUGUGAUGUUGGUGUUGUUAGUGAUAACUGCAGGGACAACAGAAUGUAGGAAAAUUGAAAAAGACACAUUUUCUGAUGGCAUAGGAGGUGGCUUGGGUGGUGGAGGAGGUGGUGGUGUUGGUGGUGGAGGAGGCGUUGGAGGUGAUGGAGGUGUUGGUGGAGGAUUUGGAAAGGGUGGUGGUGUUGGAGGAGGAGUUGGCGGAGGUGGUGGUGCUGGAGGAGGAGUUGGUGGUGGCUUUGGGGGUGGAAAAGGUGGUGGCGUAGGAGUUGGGCAUGGUGGGGGAGUUGGGGGUGGUGCUGGAGGAGGGUUUGGUGGUGGAGUGGGAGGUGGUGCUGGCCAUGGUGGUGGUGUUGGUGGGGGUGCUGGUGGUGGCAUUGGAGGUGGAGGUGGUGCUGGUGGGGGUGCAGGUGGUGGCAUUGGGGGAGGAAAGGGUGGUGGUGUUGGAAUUGGAGGUGGGUCUGGUGGUGGAGUUGGUGGAGGUGCAGGUGGUGGCGUUGGAGGUGGAGGUGGUGGUGGUGGCGGUGCAGGUGGUGGCAUUGGGGGAGGAAAGGGCGGUGGUGUAGGAAUUGGAGGUGGGUCCGGUGGUGGAGUUGGUGGAGGUGCAGGUGGUGGCAUUGGAGGUGGAGGUGGUGCAGGUGGAGGCAUUGGGGGUGGAAAAGGAGGUGGUGUAGGAAUUGGAGGUGGGUCAGGUGGUGGUGUUGGAGGGGGUGCAGGUGGUGGUGUAGGAGGAGGUGUAGGAGGAGGUGCUGGUGGAGGUGUGGGUGGGGGAGCUGGUGGUGGUGCUGGAGGAGGGGUUGGUGGUGGAGGUGGUGCAGGUGGAGGUGCGGGUGCCGGUGGUGGUGUUGGCGGUGGCUUUGGUGGUGGUGCUGGAGGGGGCAUUGGUGGUGGAUUUUAAACCAAAAGUUAAAAUAUAUAGCUUGUAAUGCAAUGUAAUACCAUGCUCCUGCAUGGUUAGUGGUUAAAACAAAUGGAAUAAACAAAAGAGCAGGUGCUUUUUAAAUGGUU